CUAAUUCCAGAAAGAAAGUGAGUGGACUUGUGUUGAUGAGCAUGGCCACUCUACACUCCCACUUCCGCAUCCUCGCUUACUCACUCUCACUCUCACUCAUCCUUCUAACUCUCCACUUCAUAACGGCAACCGAACAAGAAGACACCCCCAUCACACGCUUCCAACGCUACCUCCGCAUCAACACGGCCCACCCCACCCCAGACUACACCUCAGCGGUCUCCUUCCUCAAAGCCCAGGCCCACUCCCUGGGCCUCCAAACAAAAACCCUCGAAUUCACCCCAGGCAAGCCCCUCCUCCUCCUCACGUGGCCCGGCACUGACCCCUCCCUCCCCUCCCUCCUCCUCAACUCCCACCUCGACUCCGUCCCCGCCGAGCCCGCCAAGUGGCUCCACCCUCCCUUCUCCGCCCACCGCACCGCCGACGGCCGCAUCUUCGCCCGCGGCGCCCAGGACGACAAGUGCAUCGCCAUCCAAUACCUCGAGGCCAUCCGCAACCUCAAGGCCCAAUCCUUCGCGCCACUCCGCUCCCUCCACGUGUCCCUCGUCCCCGACGAGGAGAUCGGCGGCCUCCACGGCGCCGCCAAGUUCGUCGAGUCCGAGGACUUCCGCCGGCUCAACGUCGGAUUCGCGCUCGACGAGGGACAGGCCUCCCCCGGCGACGAGUUUAGGGUUUUCCACGCGGAUAGGGUUCCGUGGAACGUGAAGAUCCGUGCCCGGGGAAGCCCCGGCCACGGGUCCAGGUUGUUCGACGGGAGCGCCGUCGAGAAUCUGAUGGAGAGCGUGGAGGUUGUGAGUAGGUUCAGGGAGAGCCAGUUCGAUGUGGUGAAGGCGGGGAAAGCGUUGAACGCUGAGGUUGUGUCCGUGAAUCCGGUUUAUGUCAAGGCUGGGGUUGCUUCCGGUGAUGGGUUUGUGAUGAACGUGCAGCCUUCGGAGGCGGAGGCUGGGUUUGAUCUGAGGCUGACGCCGACCACGGAUCCCGAGGAAAUGAGGAGGCGGAUUGCGGCGGAAUGGGCGCCGGCUGUUAGGAAUAUGUCAUAUGAGAUUAUAGAGAAAGGACCCAUUAGAGACUACUUGGGACGCCCGUUAAUGACUGCAACUAAUGAUUCCAAUCCAUGGUGGUCAGUUUUCAAGCAGGCUAUCACAUCUGUUGGAGAAAAACUUUCAAGGCCUGAAAUUCUUGGGUCCACAACUGAUGCUCGAUUCCUAAGACAGAAAGGAAUUCCUGUACUCGGUUUCUCCCCAAUGAAAAAUACUCCCAUCCUGCUUCAUGAUCACAAUGAGCAUUUACGAGAUACCGUGUUCAUGAAGGGAAUACAGGUAUACGAGUCUCUGAUAAGUUCCUUGACUACAUUUACAGAAGCUUCGCAUUAAAUGCCCCCAACCCAGUUGAUUGAGGGGCCUGUUGCUUAGAAAAGCCAUGUCUAACCUUUUAGGGAAAAUCUCAGCGAUUGGAUUCCCCUCCCCCUCCCCCCGGCCCUGCCAAAUAAUAAGUAGUGUAAAACCAUAAAUAGCAACAUUGAUAUCCGAUAUUGCUUCAAUUCGCUCGUGGUGGGGACUGGAGAUGGUACAUACUUAUUAUUGGUAUAAUUUGCAAUCACCACAAUUUUUAUUUUCCUGCUCUAGUCUAUGAAGUUUAUCCGGUCCUCGAUGUUAAAUCAUCGAUGAUUGCCUAUCAUGGGCCAACGACCCAAUUCUCUACAUAAGUAUUAUCCUUCGAUGCUAUGUAAAAUCUUCAGAAGUAAAACAUUGUUUUUUAAGAGCAAAUGUUUAUUUUUAGUUUGUCAUAAGUUUCAUUUCAUAUUGUGAUGUAUGGUAAAAAUAGAGGUGCUUGUGCGCUCGAGAUUUUUAUCUAUAGAUUAAUAGCGAGUAAAUAGUCACUUUGAUGUUUGAAA